UACAAAGCCGGUCUCGUGGAGAUGGCCAAUAAGGGCCACAACCUCAAAGAAGACGCCAUCCCAAUCAUUGCUGCCAAGACCGGCACCACUAUCGCCAGCAAUUACAAGUACAAGCUGGCAUACGAGAAGGCCAGAGGUCACCACGUCGGCUUCCGCAGCCUGCAGGAUGACCCUCUGCUGGUUCACUACAUGGAGGUGGCGAAGAUGCAGAGUGACAAGAACUACAAGAAGGACUAUCACAAGGCCAAGCUGAAGUAUCACACCCCCGUGGACAUGAUGAGUGUGGUCCACGCCAAGCAGGCCUCUGCUGUUCAGAGGAUGGCUGGAUACAGACAGAUCCAGCACAGUUACGCUCUCCUCCCUGACGCCAUGAACCUGGUGCUGGCUCGCACUAUGAAUGUCCAGUGUAGUGAUGCUGACUACAAGUCUGAGUGGAACAACUACAUCAGAGGUAUUGGGUGGGUCCCUAUCGGCUCACUGGCAGUUGAGACUGCUAAAGUUGGUGGUCAGAUUCAGAGUGACAAUUUGUACCGGACUCAUCCGUCCAACUACAAGUUCAGCAAGCUGAUGGACUCCAUGGACCUGACUCUGGCUACUGCCAACAACCAGAUCAUGAACAAGAAAGCAUACACUGCAGCCUGGGAAAAGGACAAACUGAACGUCCACGUCAUGCCAGAUUCUCCUGAGAUCGUCCUGGCCAAAGCCAACGCCCUCAACAUGAGCAAU